GGCCUGCGUAGCACUGAUUUGCACUACAUCCUCAGACCCUCUACUCUCAUUCACUCGAACUUCACUUCAUCGCCAUCACUCCCCGUCGUCGAUGUAUCUGGUAAUAAUCUGAUUCUAAGCUCCUCGCUUCCCAAAUCCCAAGUCUCAAGUCGCCCCAUUGCCAUCCUGUGCGGCUUUUGUUACAUUCUGUCACCCAACCCCAUCUGUUGAAUUCUUUCUACAUACUUGGCUCGGUUCAACGCCUCUGUUCUGAAGUCCACUUUCCACAUCCCUCCCCAUUUCUCCCCAUUUAGCCUCUAAUAAAUCCUGUCCCCAGUCCUCAAAGUCCCAACUCUAACGCCUUCGUACUCCAUACCUUGGUCAACCUUGUCGGUAGCGCUUAGCGUCUUCAUCAUCGGCCCAGCCUGCCUCAAUUGUUGCGGAUUCAAACCCACUCGAUCUUGAUCCAGCAAUUUCCUCUUCUCGACCUCCCUUUUCUACAACUACUCGUUCGCUUCACUCGAGGGCCUUGGUUACAGAUUGGCGACUGAGCAAUCAUUCUUUUCCACCUCCUCUUCCAGUCGUGGGAUCGCCCGUCAUAAUUAUCCUCCACAGCCACAAAUCCGCACCAUCACCUCCGCCCAGAUCCCACUUCUCCAAAGCUCCCUGACGUAGGAGUGCAGGAAGCUCUCUCCGCUGCUGUGGGGUAAGCUUGACAAAGUCUCCAUGCUGUUUCGACGGUCCAUAACUCUUUCCAACUCCAGUUCCCUUUCAAUCUCUUCCCUUCUGUCGACCUGCAUAGACGCCCAAAAUGAACGGAGAAUCAAGCAAACGUGAUAUCAAGAAUCACUUGUUGUUCGAGAUAGCCACCGAGGUUGCUAAUCGAGUCGGUGGUAUCUACUCCGUCCUCAAGUCCAAAGCCCCCGUCACCACUGCUGAAUAUGGCGAUCGAUAUACCCUCAUUGGGCCUCUCAAUAAGAACUCGGUAAAAAGACGCCCUUCCCCCUUCCUGGAGUGUUCACACUGACACCAGUAGGCCGCGGUCGAGGUCGAGGUCCUCGAACCUGCCUCCGGUCCACUGCGCGACACAAUCUCCUCGAUGCAAGAGCGUGGCAUUGAGCUCAUGUAUGGACGAUGGCUGAUUGAGGGCGCUCCCAGAGUUCUUCUCAUCAAUACCGGAACCGGCUAUCGCUGGCUCGACGAGUGGAAAGGUGAUCUCUGGGCUGCGGCGGGCAUCCCCUCGCCGUCCAGCGAUUCAGAAACCAAUGAAGCUAUUGUCUUUGGCUAUCUCGUCGCAUGGUUUCUGGGCGAGGUAGGUGCACCAGAGAGAAUUUCGUCCGUACAACCAGCUGACCCCAUCUCAGUACAUCUCCCGAGAGACCAAUCGCGCAGUUAUUGCUCACUUCCACGAAUGGCUUGCCGGCGUAGCCCUCCCCUUGACCAAGAAGCGACAGAUGGAUGUUACCACCAUCUUCACCACACAUGCCACCCUCCUCGGACGUUACCUCUGCGCAGGGUCGGUCGAUUUCUACAACAAUCUGCAGUAUUUUGACGUCGACGCCGAGGCCGGCAAACGUGGUAUCUACCACCGAUACUGCAUUGAAAGAGCAGCCACACAUUCGGCCGAUGUCUUCACAACCGUUUCCCACAUCACCGCAUUCGAAAGCGAGCAUCUCCUCAAACGCAAGCCUGACGGUGUCCUGCCCAAUGGUCUGAACGUCAAGAAAUUUUCCGCCGUCCACGAGUUCCAGAAUCUCCAUUCAGUGCAAAAGGAGAAGAUCCACGAAUUCGUUCGCGGCCAUUUCUACGGCCACCUCGAUUUUGACCUCGAGAACACUCUCUACUAUUUCACCGCAGGUCGGUAUGAGUAUCGAAAUAAAGGUGUCGACAUGUUCAUCGAAUCUCUGGCACGGCUGAACCAUCGCCUCAAGACAUCGGGCUCCAAGACGACCGUCGUCGCCUUCAUGAUCAUGCCCGCUCAGACUACUUCGCUCUCGGUUGACUCUCUCAAGGGACAGGCAGUCACCAAGUCUCUAGCCGACACCGUGGCCAACAUCGAACGCGGCAUUGGCCGACGACUCUUUGAGCGAUCGGUGCAUUGGAAAGAUGGGGACCCGCUGCCUGAUGAAAAAGAGCUGAUCACCCCAGCCGACCGGGUCCUGCUCCGUCGACGGCUGUUCGCCAUGAAGAGAAACUCCCUGCCGCCCAUUGUCACCCACAACAUGGUCAACGACUCCGAAGACCCAGUUUUGAACCAGCUGCGACGGGUGCAAAUGUUCAAUCAGUCAUCAGAUCGAGUCAAAGUCGUGUUCCACCCCGAGUUCCUGAAUUCGGCCAAUCCCGUGCUCUCCCUCGAUUACGAUGACUUUGUCCGAGGUACACAUCUGGGAGUGUUUGCAUCCUACUAUGAGCCCUGGGGCUACACACCGGCCGAGUGCACGGUCAUGGGUGUUCCUUCCAUCACGACCAACUUGUCUGGCUUUGGAUGCUACAUGGAAGAAUUGAUCGAAAACUCUUCCGACUAUGGUAUCUACAUUGUUGACCGCCGUAACAAGGGCGUCGACGAUUCGGUCAAUCAGCUCACGGAUUACAUGUUUGAGUUCGCCAACAAGAGCCGACGACAGCGGAUCAACCAGAGGAAUCGGACUGAGCGUCUGAGCGACCUCCUCGACUGGAAGAGAAUGGGAAUGGAAUAUGUCAAGGCUCGGCAACUAGCCUUGAGAAGGGCCUACCCGACCUCGUUCACGGAUGCGGACGAGUUUGACGACAUCAUCGGUGGAACCGAGCAAAAGAUCUCGCGACCAUUGUCGGUUCCUGGAUCGCCACGCGACCGAUCGGGCAUGAUGACCCCGGGUGAUUUUGCAUCACUCCAAGAAGGCAAAGAAGGUUUGAGCACCGAAGACUACAUUGCCUGGAGAUUGCCUGAGGAGGAAGAACCAGAUGACUACCAAUUCCCUCUGACACUCAAGAAGAAAUCGUCGGGAGCCAACUCUCCGGCACCUUUCCUAGGCGGUUUGAAUGGAUCAUGAGCGCAAAGACCGAAAACAGUCGAUCAAGCGCCCCGGUUGGAUAGCACUCCAGAGGCAGUAAAUGACGACAGCCGCCAGACACACAGGACACCAACGAAGCCAUAUACCCCAUCAUUGGGGGCGCAUGUGUGGAUUUGAGCAGUAUCAGCGCUGAAUCGCAUUCUUAGGCGUGGUGUCACCAAAAUUAUCCAUCAUUUAGGGGCAUCGCACUGUCGCGUAGUCGAGUAUUACUUGCUCCAUGUACUUUAGCUAGCUCUUGAGCCUCGAUUUAGUGUAUCUACAGGCCGUGCCGUAUGGUGCUGCGCGCUGGUACAUGUCAAGGCCGCAUACUGAGUUAUGCGGACCCUCAUAAUGACGCAUAUUGGCAUGGAUAUCGAAGAUAGAGACAGUAUCACGGUGACCUCGAAUGUGGUGUUGAAUCUAUCCAUGAAUUGAUAUUCGCCUAACCUGCCUGAAUAAAC